AUGGAGGAAAGAACUGAUAAGGGGAAGGAGCACGCGAAGUCAACGUCAAGGCAAAAGCCAGCAUCGAGACAAGGCACGGCUUUGAACCGAGACGCAGCGGCAACGCAAGCAGCAGCAAGGACCGAUCCUGCAUCGCAGUCACAGCGAGAGGCGUCAGAGCAGCAGCAGCGCGUGCCGCUGCGCGCGAUGGUGCACGAGUGCAUGCAGCGGUGGUUCCGGCAGACGCAAUCCGAAGCGGAGAGCGGCGUGGCUCCCAUGCAGACGCUGCUAGCGCAGAUGUACCUGUCGGGGUAUGGCGUCAAGGCGGACGCAGCCAAGGGAAAGGAGUGGCUGAAAAAGGCAGCAGAGAGGGACGGACAGGCUAGAAUAAUGUUGCGAUCAAUAAACGCCAAGUCAGGCAACACUGCUGUCUUUGAUGACGACUUCUGA